GAGUGUGUGGACCCUGGAGGAAUGGCGAACCGCUCCCUGAGCUCUCUCUGCCUGCUGCUGGCGCUGCUGCUGCCGCUGGAAGUCCUGUCUCAGGAUGAUUUGAACCUGGCCGAUGCUCUGCCUGACGAUGACAGUAAACCAACAGUCCCUUCAUCAAAGCCAGCAGCACCAGCAGGAGGAGCAGGAGCAGGAGGGGACCUUGACCUGGAGGAUUUCUUUAAAUUCGAUGGCACCACCACCACCACCACCACCAAAGCCCCACCCAAGGUUGUGCCUAAAGCACCCACAGGCACGAAGGCCCCAGUAAAGCCCAAACCCAAGCCAGCUGCCGAUGACUUUGACCUGGCUGAUGCCUUGGACCCCAACAAUGACAUUGGUGGCAAGGAUAAGAGCAAGGGGCAGGGAGGUGGGUUUUCUGACAGCGAUCUGUUUGAUGUUAGUAAAGAUGAUACCUACAAGCCUGACAAAGGCAAAGGUUCACGUCCCAGUGGUGACAGCGAUCAGAUAAACCAGUAUGACGACAACAAUGAGACAACAACAGAGGUGGGCACCAUUGCAGGGAUUGCCAGUGCAGUUGCCAUGGCGCUGGUGGGUGCAAUCAGCAGCUACAUCUCCUACCAGAAGAAGAAGCUGUGCUUCAGUAUACAACAGAGCCUGAACACUGACAUGGUGAAGGCAGAGAACCCUGAGGCUGUGGUGGCUACAGAACCACAAGUUCAACAGACCCUCCUGGAGCCACCCAAUGCUGAACCCCCCACCGAAGAGAAUGCUGUGUAACACACACACACACACACACACACACAACCCCCCCAA